CUUUUAAAAAACACACUUUAAUUAUUUCCUCAAAUCAACCACCACAGCCUUUGAACAGUUUCCUUUCCCCCUCUCUCCGCUUCAAACAACUCCCGCCGGAAAACCUUGACUCUCCGAUCACCGUCCCACAAGCCCCCUUACCACCUCCCGUUCCCGGCGAACCUCUCAGCCGCCACGUUGCCUUGCAACUCGAUUUCUCGAGGAGAUCAAACUAAAAUCAUUCGGCUCCGAUUGAUUGAAGAAAAGAGCCGAGAGCUUAGUGGUGGGUGGUUUUUUGGAGUGUUGACCCGUUUCAAGCCCAACCGACCAUGGCAGUCCCGUGAGAAAGGACCACACAACAAAUCAAAAGCCAGUUUGUCACCCCCCUUUCCCUUUCUUCUUUCUUCUUUCUCUCUCUUAUCCUACACCCUCCUCCUCAUCUCUCUCUCAGCUCUCCAGUCUUUGCCCUUUCCUAGGGGUACCCCCUGCCCUACACUCUACCCUUCACUGCAGUUUUCUUUUGGUGGGUAAUUAAUCAAACAACUAACCUCUCCUACUUAACUUCAUAACCGUCUGUGGACACUUUCCGCAAAUCGCUGUGGCCACAUUGCUUGCUUGCCCCAGAUGUUGUUUACCCCCAACUCUCUAAUUUCAUCGCCUGGAUUUGGGCUUUUUUCUAUGAAAGAGAAACAUUUUUCUUCACAUCAGAGUAUUAUUAUUCGCUGUAAUUGUGAAAUCGAUUCCCAAUUGGAUCUGAGUCUCUGUAAAGAUAUUUGUUGCAGAGAAAAGUAUCUUAUUUUGAAGCAGCAGCAGCAGCAGCAUUGAAAUAUCCGGAGUUAAUUUGGUGAGGGAACCGAUCAAUGUGGUCUGAUUUGGAUGGUGUGGAUGGAUGUAGGUGAAUCACAGCGCAGGGAGAUCCCAAGACCACCGUUGGUUCCCGCCGAAAAAUACAAUGCAGCAUCUUCAAUCUCCGCCACGCGCCGCCCUCGAAUCCGGGAAGUUAGUUCCCGCUACAAGUCACCGACUCCCUCCAGGCCUAGUUCCGCAACAACCGCCACCGCCGGACGUGCCCCAUCUCCUAAUGUUUCGAGAUCAUUGCGUUCUCCAACAUCAUCAUCCUCGUUAUUGGCGCCAAAGAGAUCACAAUCCGCGGACAGGAGGAGGCCCGCCACGACGCCACCACCGUCGCGGCCGGCUGGUCCAUCAACGCCGGUGAAGGAUUCUUCGGUAGAUGUUUCAUCCAAAAGAAGUGGUCGGUUGCCUGAGGGUUUGUGGCCUUCAACGAUGAGAAGUUUGAGUGUUUCAUUUCAGUCUGAUACGAUUUCGAUUCCUGUCAGUGUUAGUAAGAAGGAGAAGCCAGUAACUAGUGCUUUAUCGGAUCGGACAUUGAGGUCAUCGUCCAAUGUGGCUCAUAGACAGGCCGAGGCAGCUCCGAGAAAGCUCACACCGGAGAGGAAGAGGAGCCCUCUUAGAGGGAAGAAUGUGUCUGAUCAAUCAGAGAAUUCGAAACCAGUGGAUGGUUUGCAUUCUAGAUUGAUAGAUCAGCAUCGAUGGCCUAGUAGAAUAGGUGGGAAAGUAUCUUCCAAUUCCAAUUCCAAUUCCAAUUCCAAUUCAUUAAACAAAAGUAUGGAUCUUGGUCCUAGGAUCCUCAAGCUUGCUACACCAGCUCCUGGAGUUGGGGUACCUAUGCUGAGGCGAAUGCCUGCAGCUGAUGGUUUGGGAAAGCCGGUACAGAAAUUGGGUGGUGAUGCUGCGAUUUUAUCAUCACUCCAUGAAAGUGGUAGACUGGGAGCAAAUUCAGUUGAUGAUAGUUCACUGCACAAGCGUUUUUCAGAAAGGUUGUCAAAUGCAACUCCUAAAGUCAGAUCCCUAUCGCGACCGUCCUCACCUAGUAAGGCAUCAGCGUUUUCACCUUCUGUUUCAAGAGGUGGUAGUCCAUCUCGGACUUCAAGACCAUCUACUCCUCCUUCUAGAGGAGUUAGUCCAUCAAAGACAAGGGUUUCGAGUACUUCUUGUCAAUCAAGCAGUGCAACUUCUGUGCUUAGUUUCAUUGCUGAUUUCAAGGGGAAAAAGAGUGCAGCUUACAUUGAAGAUGCUCAUCAGCUGCGGCUACUUCACAAUAGAUUUUUGCAGUGGAGAUUUGCUAAUGCCAGGGCAGAGGCUGUACUUUAUAUUCAGAAAGUAACUGCAGAGAGAACUCUAUUGAAUGUAUGGAACACUACACUAAGCCUGUGGGAUUCAGUAAUCAGGAAAAGAAUCAAACUCCAGCAGUUAAAUCUUGAGCUUAAGCUGAAGUCAGUAUUGAAUGGUCAGAUGGACUACCUUGACGACUGGGCUUUACUUGAAAGAGAUCAUAUUGCUGCUUUCUCCGGGGCUAUGGAAGAUUUGGAGGCAAGCACUCUCCGUCUUCCAGUAACUGGAGGGGCAAGGACGGAUAUUGACUCUUUGAAGGUAGCUAUCUGCUCAGCUGUUGAUGUGAUGCAGGCAAUGGGAUCCUCCAUAUGCUCUUUGCUCUCAAGGGUGGAGGGGGUGAAUGGUUUGGUUUCAGAACUUGCUGUUGUAGCAGCGCAAGAGAAAGCCAUGCUUGACGAAUGUGAAGCAUUGCUGGCUUCAGCAGCAGUUAUGCAGGUAGAGGAAUACAGCCUUAAGACGCAACUCAUACAAAUGAAACAAGAUUUGGGAACUGUCAGCAGCCAAUUUUGGCAACCAAGACAACUUCUUGAACCUGACUAGCCUCCAAGCUAAUUAUACAAGAUUUGCCAUGCAAUUCCGAAGGGAUACAUACUCGAGCAGAGAUAAAAGUGUCUGCUCGGUUCUCUGUGAAUGUAAAUUGAGUUUUUAGCCUUGGAAUGUCAACAUGUUGUAUUCCCUUCUUUUCUUCUUCUUUUCUGAGCAAAGAGCCAUCGGCUCCAUGCUUUCCACGGUUAGCUUUUUGUAUUUACGCAAAUGAAAAGAAAAUGCAAAGGAAGCAAAGUACUUGAUGUCAAUGUAGAUGCAAAAGUUCAAAGGAAAUGAAAUAGAAAAUAUAUGUAACCAUCAUGGUUUUCGUUCUG